CAUCGUGCAUAUGGCGGCAAUAAUACUGUGUCUAUUGGCAGCGUUAUUCUUCUUGCUCGACAUCACAAUGGUAUUCGUGUGAGUCUCGCGAUUAUCCGUUAAUCUUUAAAUUUUCGAGAGACGCGAAAGAUUCCUUACGUUUGCUAUACGCUUGUAGAUUUUGGAAGAGGAAAUGCUACCUCUGUAAACGAUGUUGCUAUUACGGAGCGGACAAUUUGUUACGUAAAGAAUCGAUCCCACCCGGUGUUGCGGUAAGCGCUCGCAAAAAAAAAAAAAAAUUCUAUAUUUCUAACAAUAUUUAAUCCACGAUAGAACAUAAGAAAAAACUGAAUUAUUUCAAUCUUGUGACGGUGUGAAUUAAUCAGCUAUUUUGUCUCUUAAUUAAUGUCUGUUGAGAACAAACGUAUAGAUAAUGAAGCACGACGUGACGACCAGUCUGAGCGACGUUAGAGUACCCGAUGAAUUAAAGAACAUCGCGGCGCCCGAUCACUCUUAUCGUAGAACCGAAUACGCUCGACGAAGAGAGUACGUCGAUUCAUCUAACUGUGCCCCCUCGUGCCGUUUCAAUAUCGCCCAAAUCCAGACGGAACCGCGCGACACAUCCGUCGUAGAGAUUCAGACUCCAAGGACGGUCGUGAAAGAAACGCCGAUCCAGAUGUACGCCAAAUGCGAAUUUUGCCAACAAAUAAUGCAACCUGCCACCAGCGAUGCUGCCGGACAGCAUCUGUCUUAUCCCGCCAUCGUGCAAUUCGUCCGCGGAGGGACCGCCGACGGCAUGCCGUGCUGUCCCGGGUAAUUUAUAUGAGCGAUUUCUUGUAUUCUAUGUGCUAAACAAACGCGAUCUAAUCCCUUCUCUUUUAGUAGAUGCAAAUGCGCAACGGAAAGAAACCCGCAGCCGCUGCAAAAGCAAUUUCGAUCGUUAUCACCAUCAAAACGUGGGG